GCCCGUUGCUCCCUGUCGAACUGUCUAGCCUGGUGUUAGUUUUUAGUUGCGCCAACAUCAAUCGAGUCCUCUGUCUUGUAACGUCGAUACUCCAGAUACUGUCUUCGAGUCCCGUAACCUGACAGUCUGCUUUUGACAGCCGAAAUCCUGGCUUUGUGUCAGCUAAUGUCAGCUGAGCCAUUUUAGCAAUCGCUUGCUUUCGCUGGCCAACUAACGCGUUAGCUAGGUUAGCUAGUUGGCUAACUAGCUCUGGCUACUUUUCUGCGACCAGCGAAGCCAGUUAGCCUAGCCCGCUAGCUAGCUAGCUUUGCUAUCAGAAAAACUUGACACUGACUGUCACAAGUGGCUUUGGCUUGUUGCUGACAAGCCAUCCACAGUAAACCAGUUUUAUUGCCAUGUCCGGACAGUCAUCGGGCUGUGGCUUUCUAAUGUCGGUGGUCGUACAUGGAGACUCUGCUCUUAACGAGCAAGAAAAGGAGCUCAACCAGCGGCUCCGACGGCUUUAUCCGGCCGUUAAUGAGAACGAGACACCUCUCCCUCGGUCCUGGAGCCCCAAGGACAAGUUUAGCUAUAUUGGCCUCUCUCAGAACAAUCUCCGGGUGCACUAUAAAGGUCAUGGCAAGACUCCCAAAGAUGCGGCUUCAGUACGGGCUACACACCCCAUCCCAGCCGCCUGUGGGGUCUAUUACUUCGAGGUGAAGAUUAUAAGCAAAGGCCGAGAUGGUUACAUGGGCAUCGGCCUGUCAGCUCAGGGUGUAAACAUGAACAGACUCCCUGGUUGGGACAAGCACUCGUAUGGUUACCAUGGAGACGACGGCCACUCUUUCUGCUCCUCUGGCACAGGGCAGCCCUACGGACCCACGUUCACAACGGGCGACGUGAUUGGGUGCUGUGUCAACCUCAUCAACAACACCUGCUUCUACACAAAGAAUGGCCAUAGCCUAGGUAUUGCUUUCACAGAUCUACCACCCAAUCUGUACCCGACUGUGGGUCUCCAGACCCCAGGGGAGGUGGUGGAUGCCAACUUCGGCCAGCACCCUUUCGUGUUCGACAUUGAAGACUACAUGCGUGAGUGGAGGACCAAGAUCCAGGCCCAGAUUGACCGCUUCCCCAUCGGAGAGCGGGAGGGAGAGUGGCAAUCCAUGAUCCAGAAGAUGGUGGCUUCCUACCUGGUCCAUCACAGUUACUGUGCCACGGCCGAAGCCUUUGCCAAAUCUACUGACCAGGCUGUGUACGAGGAGCUGGCCUCUAUCAAAAAUCGACAGAAGAUUCAGAAGCUGGUGUUGUCUGGUAGAAUGGGUGAGGCUAUAGAGACCACUCAGCAGCUGUACCCCAACCUUCUGGAGAGGAACCCAGACCUUCUCUUCAUGCUCAAGGUGAGACAGUUCAUAGAGAUGGUGAAUGGCACUGAUAGUGAGGUCAGGUGUCUUGGUGGACGGAGCCCCAAGUCCCAGGACAGUUACCCCGGCUCCCCACGGCCCUUCAGCAGCCCCAGCCACAAAGCCAGCGGCUCCCAGGCCUACCUCACAGGGUUCGACAGCAACUGCUGUAAUGGUGUGACGUCCAAUAAGAGCCACAACUCCUCCCCCCACAGUCACAAGCCCUGCCCUCCCAGUUCUGGAUCCACCCUCCCAGCCUCUGACAUCAGCCUCAAUGGAAACCACAGCCAAACACCAAUCAGCAGUAAUGAUAUUGACAUGGAGGUGGACCACUUCACCAAUGGAGUCUCAGAGUCCUCCUCCAAUGGCUUCCUUAAUGGCAGCUCUAAACACACAGCCGAACCCGACGACUGUGACGCAGACAUGGAGGUGGAAUCAACGCAGUCCAAGAGACAGCUGUGUGGGGGCAGCCAGGCGGCCAUCGAAAGGAUGAUCCACUUUGGCAGGGAACUCCAGAGCAUGAGUGAACACCUCCGCCGCGAAUGUGGCAAGAACUCGGCCAACAAGAAGAUGCUCAAGGAUGCUUUCAGCCUGUUGGCCUACUCAGACCCGUGGAACAGCCCAGUAGGAUUUCAGCUGGACGCCAUUCAGAGGGAGCCAGUUUGCUCCACUCUCAACAGUGCAAUAUUAGAGACUCACAACCUACCCAAGCAGCCCCCCCUGGCCCAGGCUGUGGGGCAGGCUGCCCAGUGCCUCGCCAUCAUGGCACGUUCCGGCAGUGGCUCCUGUGCCUUUGCCUCUGUGGAAGAUUAUCUGCACUAGCCCCAUGGACACAUAUACAUACACACACACACACACACACACACACACACAAUUCUAAACACACUUUCAUUGACACAAAUACACACACUCAUGCACACAGAAACGCAAACAACAUUUAGAAAAAUGAGCCUGGCCACCUGCUCCACAUGUGUAAUGAUACAAGCCAGAGGGAGACUUUCCUCUCUCUCUCCUCUGAAUGUUAACCCUCCCACCUGUUCCCUGUUCAGCUUUUUAAAGACCGACACGAAAGUCCCAGCGAUAGAGGGGGCUAGGGGUUGGUUUCUGGGUAGAGCCUUAGGGUGCAACUACACACAGCAUUCAUACAUCCACGUACACACGUCUCCCUCAACUUUAAAUAUGUAGUACGCCUCCACCUUGGCUAGCUUACCAGCUAAUCAAGGCACAUCCUGCGUCAUUCUGAUCGACAGUGGGGAAACUAGCCAAGUGUAGCUAACUUGAAGAUUCUUUACCCUCAUACCCAGAGAGCAACAGUUGUGUGAACAUGCCGACAGACCGGCAACACUUGUCAAGCAAAAACAACAAGAAUACACCAUAGCAGACCUCUCGUUGAUGCAGUCUGUGUGAGCCUGACAAAAGCAAGAUAGACACACACACAAAACAAAGCGAACACGUGAUGCAGACUGAUUAAACCACUACGGGAUUGAAGGUGUGAAACGGCUCUCCAGACAUUGCAAGAUUCUCCUUAACAGCCCAACACUGGUCCUAAAGGAUGCCCACCCUUCUCCCACCCCCUCCUGGCCCUGGACUUCAGGACAUUUGCAGAGAUGCAUGUGGACAUAGGACUUUGGAGAAGCCAGUGAGAAUUUCAAGUGUCUUUGCCCCCUGCCCCCUCCUCCCAACCCCAGUUUUUAAUCAUUAUCUUUGGUGAUGGGUGGUGGGGGGAGUUACCUGGCUCUCUGUUUUUCUUUUGGUUUGUUUGUUUUGGGUUUUUUUGUUUCUCUUUGUUGAUAUGGCGCAGUGCAGAUGACGAUUAUUAUUUUUAUUAUCCUUAUUCUAAUUGUUAUUUGCAUUCACAGUAUAUUUGUUGAGCGUCAGCAAAAGCAAGUUCCACCAACAUGUAAUAAAGGUCUCCCAUCUUACCGAUCCUUACCUGAGACACGACUGUGUACAUGUUAACUAUUAUAUAUAAAUUAAACUAAAAAAAGGAGUUAUAUCAGUAGAGUGGAAUAUUAAGUAGUCAAAGGUGAGGAAAUGAUUGGGGGGGGGGGACAACCCGAUUCUUAAUGUUUUCUACCGACACUGGGGUCUCCUAACGUGCACUGAUUGUUUCUAGUCAUACGUUUUCAAGUUGCCUCUUUGUCAAUUCCUAGGUUCAUCAUGUUUGGCAAGGUACUGAUAAUUAAUUUGAUAAUUUCCAGGUAUUUGAAAGUUAUGGAGAGAGUCUGUUUAAGUAUGGGAAAGAACUGUGUUCCCUUGCCGAUACACAUGUAGACCCAUUAAUGUUUCACACAGGGUGGAUUAUGGUCUGAGGGUGAUUUGGACUAGCUGACCAAAAGCGUUGUCCAGCCGCUAUAAAGACAUAAUAAUCACAAAUAUCUCCAAAUCCAAUUAAGGGGUUUUUGGUUUAGAGAGAGGAUUUAAUUUUAAAACUGAGGAAGGAAACCAACCCGUCAUCCUCGCUGUUUCCUAGAUGCCCCCAGCUGUACAGCCAGUUUGAUGCAGAUAUUCUGUUCUUUAACUUUCAUAUCAACAUCUAUGCUAAUCCUUUGCCCACAAAGAACUCAGGAGCUAAAUUCCCCCUUUUCUCCUAAAAAUGCUGAUCCAAGCACCUCACAAACCCCUAAUCCGUUAUUACAAGCGAAUGCAUUUUGUGUGUGGCAUAAUGAAAGGCCUUUCAAACUUGAAAUUCAGUUAAACCUUUCCAUUGCUCAACGAUAGCCUUGCACAGGCUUGAAGUUAGCUCACUCUCGCUGUUUGCUAAUGCAGCUGCUGAACUGAUUUUCAGGAAAGAAACGUUUUCAAGCGCACCUGUCUUCAGCUGGCUCUUAUUCAAAUAGUCCUCAACCACAUCCACCCAAGCAUCUCAAGGUGAGCCUCCUCUGCCCGCCUUUUUUCGUUUACUGAAUCCCUCUCUGGACUGCUACUAAACCCACCGACAUAAACAAAUCAUCCAGUAUUGUCAAUGGAACUGUGGCUACCACAUUUUAAGAAAAAGAACCAAAUACUUUAGGAAGACAACAUCCCAGCUAUGUGUUUUAAGCCUGUGUGCUGGUGCUUGCCGGAUUGCCGGAGGCUAAACAUUUCGCUAGACACAGCCAUCUUCCUCUAGUUCACCCAGGGGUUUCCUCGAGGUGGAGCUGAGCUAUCUGUAGACCUUGGUUUUGAUCGCAAGCAGUCAUGGCAUCGUUUAGAAAACUUCUUAGACAAGUUGUCUGUUGUCUCUUUGAGUAAGGUCUGAAACCUAUGCAUGCCAUAGUAAAGUGGUGGUAAGAUCAAGUUAGAUGUCUUAUUUUAUUCUUUUGUUUCUCUUUUAGCCAUUUUACAGUGUAUAAGGAAGAUGUCAACCAGUAAGAUGUCCACUGCUGACUGUGUGUCCAUUUGGAGAAAAAAAAAUGAAAUUUGUGUGAGGGUGAAAAGAUUUAUAUUAAAAACAAAUGAUCACACUUGCCUGGAUGCUGCCUGGCAACAUGGCUGAAGUCUGUGUCCGAAUAUAACAUAAAAUAAAAUGACUAAAGGUAACACUCACAUAUCAGGGUAAUGUGAUAUGUGAUUGGUUAGGGUACUUAAUGUGAUUGGCUUAUCUUGCUGUGUGAAUCUAAAGUGAUCAUUAAGCUGUGGCUGGAUGGAUGGCACAAGGUUUAAUAUGCAUCCCUAUUUUUUUGCUCGUUCAGUGAUCAAGGAGCCACUUGUGUUUCUCCUGAAAAUAGCGCAAACUGGUAU